AUGGAUUCCGUGGAUUUUAGUGACAACGAGGAUAUUCCAGAAGUUUCCUUAACACUGGACAUUCAGCCAUACAUGUAUGAGCCAGACUGCACCGAUUUAGAGGUUUUAAGUGAAUCUGAAUCGUCUGAGUUGGAUGAUACUCGAUACACGUUUGGUAUCUGGCUCAUUUGUUAUGCCCUGAUAGAAGCCACGGGGAAACGGCAGGAGACGUAUACAAUGAAAAUGGUCAAGACAACGCUGCCCAAGAAGUUGAGUCAGACAACUAUGCCUUCACCCAACAAAAUGACAACAAAAAGAAAAAGGGUAGCUUCGGCUGCGGCAGGCUCGGCAAAACAGCUGAGAGCUAACCUGCUGGAGGAACAUGCUGACAUGCAGCUACAACAGAAUGAGCAGCAACAACAGGAUGAGCAGCAACAACAUGAGCAGCAACAACAUGAUGAGCAGCAGCAACAGGAUGAGCAGCAACAACAGAAUGAGCAGCAACAACAGGAUGAGCAGCAACAACAGGAUGCAAUGGUGGCUGCGAUAACGCAAUAA